AUAUUUUAUAUCUCACCCAUCUAUCUUAUUGAUUCUUCUAGCAAACUGUAUGGAUAGUGAAACGUUUAAAUGUAUUGCAUCUUACAAUCUCUGACGUAUUUACUCACAGCAGUGGACGAAUCAUAAUUUUAUGUUGAGAAGAGACGCACCAGCUAGGCGAGGACGCUAAAAUUGAUAAUUCUUUCAUAUUAUAUUUUUUCAAUUAAAAGUUACGAUGGGUUGAGUUCUCAGCUAAUGUGGAGCUAAGAGCAUUAUUUUCUUGCUCUGAACUCAGGUUUUACGUAUAUGGAAAAAAUAUACUUAUUCCGAUUAACUGGCAUGCUGGGUGAUACGAUAGUUAGAGCACAUGGCAGUCAGGAACUUUUUUGUGCGCUUUUGUGCAGAAAGUGAUGAUGAAAUAGAAGGGCUGAAUGAGAAACUUCUUGAACUUCUGUCAACCUUAAAGAGUUCACAACCUGUUAAUCAGCUUGAGGUCCAUAGUACUCAAGCUGCAUCGGCGACAAGCACUGAAAAUGACACAGAUACGCAAUUGGAGUACAGAGGUAUGGCGACUCCGCCGUCUUUUAGACGCUACCACUAUGACUGCUCAUUUCUUCAUUGUGGAAGUCCAGUUAACUCAGGCUCUUUAUCAAACUGCUUACCUCCAAUCGGAGUUUUCUGGGAUAUUGAGAACUGCCAGGUUCCCAAAGGAAGGUCAGCUGUGGCGGUUACUCAAGUAAUUCGAGAAAAAUUUUUCUCUGGCUACAGAGAAGCAGAGUUUAUUGUAGUCUGUGACGUUUACAAGGAAAACAAACAGGUUAUCCAAGAGCUGAACGAUGCUCAGGUCAAUUUAAUACACGUCGCAUCAAGUUGUAAAAAUGCUGCUGAUGAAAAACUCCGACAAUCCAUAAGAAGAUUCGCUGAUACACAUGGUAGUCCUGCAGCUAUAAUUUUAAUAUCCGGUGAUAUUGAUUUUGCUGCAGAUCUAAGUGACCUGCGGCACAGAAAAAAGAUACACGUGAUACUCCUGCACAAGGAACAUACCUCCGAGGCUCUGAUACUCUGUGCCAAUGAGCAUUACAAUUUCAUGGAACUGAUGGAACCACUGCCGUCCCGAAAUCCCACGAAGGUUGCAGAAAACUUCGACCUGCUAGUCUAUAAUCUCCCUAAAGAUAAGGACGUAGUAGCUAUUAAACGUCGACUUAAGCAGCUAUCAAGUAAUUCUGGUGGUCGAGUUAUAGGAGUUUAUUCGAAUUCAGCUACAGUACGUUUUACCUCUCAUGACUGUGCUAUAAGGGCUCAGAAACGUAUGGACGGAGAGCACGUAUUCGGAUCUGAGAUUUUCGUGAGAUUUCCCAAGAAUAAAGAAGCUUAUCCCGGGAAGAUACGAGGUAGUUCUUUAGCGCGUGAAUAUACGGCUAGUGAUUCCGAAGCUGCUGCUGGAUCACCUAGACCAAUGUACAGUGCGAGUUCCUCAAUUGGUGGUGCCAGGAGUCUCCCCGUUACUCCACAUUAUCACUCUUUGUCUCCUGUCGUUGGAGGUUAUUCUGGUUGGAGUGGAGUACAUUGUACACCAGUUACUGCAUCAGCUGGAAUGAUUCAACCACCACCUGUAUGCAUUAGUAGAAAUUGCUCCAAUACUAAUGAUGGCACUUUUAGCAGAUCGUACAACGAACUUCCCAGAUCGCAGUCUCCUGUAGUCUGGCCAGUUACAGGACCACAACAAUUUGCACGAUUCUGGGACGAACAAUAUGGUAAUGAUCGUGCAAAGAAUCUUGGAAAACGAUCACAAGCAUCACAGGGUCGUGACAAUGGAGUUUCCCACGAUAAUAGAGGAGGUUCUCGUACUCCGGAUGGUCUCAGGGGAAUUCGAAGGUCUCACAGCUCUUUGUCUCACUCCUCUGAUUGGAAUAAUCCUAGAUCAAAUUACUUCCCAGCGCCUCCAAAUUUCAGUGGAAAUGGUUACGGACAAUCACAUUCUUUUAAACGUCGCAGUCCAUCUCCAAUGUAUAGUAUACAGGGACGAGAUAAUCAAUGGAAUGGACAGAAUCAACAACCUGGCACGCAACGAAGAACUCCAUCUCCUUAUGAUUGCACAAUUUUGCAAUCAAUGGGUCAUCAGACAAGUCGUACGUCCCCAUAUUAUCAAAGUGAUCCGGAGAAUGAGGAGGUCGAGAAGUUUUUCAAUCCUAUAAAUAAUCGCAACGGAAACAACGCGGCCAAUGGUAGUUACACUCCCAUCGAACUUCAAGUCACAAAUUUAGAUCAAAAUAUUGAUCCAAAAGAGAUGAAACGAAUUUUAUCAUCCAUUUUCAUGGAACACGUAAUGGUCUUGCACGUGUCUGUCUUUAUGCAAUCUGACGGUAACUUUGCGGCCAACGUUAAAGUUCCCUCACUUCCGGAGGCGCAAUACGCCAUAUCGCAACUGCAUCGUCGCAAAGUUGGCUACAAGCGAAUUCUUAUCUCCUAUGCUCACACGGGUGGGCCCAAUCCGCAAUUGGUUCGUUCACAUAUUGUGAUGCUUCUUCAAGAAGUACCCGGACACAAGCUGCCCCUGUUUAAACUGCGCGAAAUGUACGAGAGCCGAUUUAUGAUCUCGAUCAGUGUUUCCGAAUUGUAUAAGAUGAAGGAUGUCUGUAUUAUUACCGAAGAUCCUGAUGGAAGGAUGGUUUCCUUGAAUCCUGAUCACAGGAACACUCCAUCACCUUGUUUCAGCAAUAAUACUCAGGAUGGAAAUUUUGACUUUCCUUAUUGUAUAAUCCAUACUCAAAAGCCAUGGUCUGAUAAAGGAUGGGCAGAGCAGGAAAUGGCUUCCUUACCGAAUGUUAAAAUAUCAUUGAGUGUUCUUGCCACUCGUAUACAUCAAUUACUCAUAUCACAUAAUGGCAGCUUACCGUUACCCAGCUUGUCAAACUGCUACGAAGCAGAAUUCAAGGAAUCAUUAGACAUAGAUAAGAAUGGAGUUCCUUUGGAACAUCUUGUGUCGUGUUUGCAAUCUAUUGAUUUGAAACAAGGUGUUGGCUCUGUCAAGCACAUUGUUCGAGUAGGAAGCAAGGGUAACGAUGACAGUCACGAAGAAAAUAAGUGUGUCAGUCCACCACUGGCAAAUCAGCUGGCUCUGUUUAGCCGUGAACUGGUGGAUCUUUUAAAAACAGCGCCUCAUUGUCAAUUACUAUUCAAUCGUUUCAUACCAGCCUAUCAUCAUCAUUUUGGCAGACAGUGUCGAGUGGCUGAUUAUGGUUUUACAAAAUUAAUUGAUCUUCUCGAAGCUCUCACGCACACAGUGCAGGUAAUGGGCGAAGGAGAUAAACGUGUUGUGACACUUUCACAUCGUGCACAAGUCCGCCGGUUUACAUCUGAUUUAUUAAGAGUACUGAAGGCUCAAGCGAGUAAGCAAGUAGCACUUUCCGAAUUUCCAAGUGUCUAUUCCAGAGUAAUAGGUAAACCCUGGGACGUUGUUGAUUAUGGUGUUUGCGAGAUAGGAGAUAUCCUGAGUGAAGUAUCUGAGAAUACAGUGGUGGUAACCAAUUUUAAUGGCGACGAUAAAAUGAUUGCCAUUCCUAAACGAGAACAGACUCCAGAGGAAAUUGAGCGUACUAAACAAUUUGCUAUUGAGGUUAUUGAGCUAUUGAGACAUGCUCCACAAUGUAGAAUGCUUUUCAACAAAUUCGUACCGUCCUAUCAUCAUCAUUUUGGUCAUCAAUGUCGCGUAUCCGAUUACGGUUUUACAAAACUUAUUGAACUCUUCGAAGCCAUUCCGAAUAUCGUGCGAAUUGAGGAAAUAAAUGGUGGAGAGAGACGCAUCGUUCUCACUGAGAAAGAGGGUCUUCGUGUUCUUGGCGAGCAGAUAUCAAAAUUAGUAUCAAGAUCCAGAAAUGGUCUUAGCGUUACUAGCAUUUCUCAGGCUUUCCUCAGACAGUUUGGUUAUGCCCUGCGUCCAGAAUUAUUUGAUUGCAACUCCAUGUUGCAACUCAUUGAAAAACUGUCAGCCACUGUCAAGGUUAUUCGUACAGCAGCUGGACCAGUUGUUCAGUCUGUCGAUAAAUCCCAUUUACAAGAAUUAGCAUUACAAUGUCGUCGAAUAUUAAUGGAUCAACCUGACCAUCGUGUCUCAGUAAAGGAAUUCGAAAGAUUUUAUUCUCAGUACUAUGCUCAUUCUUGUAAUCUUGAUGAAGUCGAGAAGGAGCUUACUGGUAUAGUGAAGUUUACAAUUGCAAAUGGCGAACGGUUUAUCCAGCUGACACCUCUCUACUGCUUUGCCUGUAACUUAUAUCAAGUGAUGAUCAGGCACGGUGGCUCCUUAAACAUGUCUCAGUUCGAAAGUGCCUAUUUGGCUGUGAUAGGAUCAGCAGUAAGAGCUGCAAAAUAUGGAUUCCCUACACUUUCAGCCCUACUCCGAGCGUUACCAUGUACUGUAAUAAUAAAGGAUACACGAAACAAAAAGAAGAUCAUGCAUCUUAAUAAGAAGCUAGCCACAGUGGGAAUACCCUUACCAUCGACUUUUUCGUCCACUUCGCCUUAUCGUGAUACAGAUUCCAGCAAUGAAUCCUUUGAGAGCGAUACCUCGUCUCGUGCCAAUGCCUCCAAUGCUUCCAUUACUUCUGAGGAACGUAACAAGUGGCCAGCACAGUCUGCCAGUUCUCAAAAUACUUGGAAGCAGAAGGAGGAUACAGAUGUUUGGGAGAAGAAGGAGGAAACCGAUUGGUCCAAUAUGCCAAACACUGCGACAUCCAAUAAAUGGCCUGUGCUGGAAAGCAGUGGUGAAUGUUUCCUUAAGAGUCUCGUUCGCGCUCCUGUAAUAUGCAAGGAACUUCCGGUGCCGCCACCGUCGCCACCUAAACCAGAUUCCUUUGUAGCAGAGGAGACAAGCAAGCAGAAGCCUUGGAAUUCAUCAGUUUGGUCCAGUCCUCCUAAUUAUGUAUAUUCCCAACACGAGCACGCUACCAAUGUGGAUGUGCCAGCAUUUACUCUGCCACAAUGGAAUCAAAUGCCUGGAGAAGACAUUCUAUCAAAUUUAUUGUCGCCAACGAAAAAUCUACUACCAGCUGCUGCAAAUCCUUUGAAUCCACGCACUUCCCCUUAUUUCUCAUCGAAUAGAAAUUUAGUCGUCGCACCUCACCCCUCAGAGCUGCCAUUGCCUUCGAUGUCGUUGACUCCUAAAAAAAUUGGACUCGCAGUAGACAAUAAGGGUGGUACCCCAAUAGUCAAGGACGACGUGUCAAAGAUUACGGAUACGAACGCAAAGCCAAUAGAAGUACCAGCGGCUUUCCAGGAGGAGAAUAGUACUGAUCACGAUGCCAACCGGGUCGACAGUACACCAACAAAACGCUUUUUUAUUAAACUUAGUAUUCUCAGGGAAACGUCGUCUAGCUGCCCAGUUCAACCAGCCAAUCGACUCGUGAGCGAAAGCAUUGAAGAAGCGUACGAAUAUCAAGAAAAUUUCAAAGCCUAAGAUUUACGAGGCUGCUCAAUGAGAAGAUUAAAUGUUAAUGCCAAAAAUGGAGCCCCGUGCGAAUUUGCGCGUUUCAAUUUUAUUAUCAGAAAUAAAACCAUUAAUUGCAUAAAGAUUCGGUAGGCCAGCUUCGCUCUCAGUUGGAUACCGAAAAUUCUUACUCAUAAAUCGGUAGUCGUAUGCCAUACAAUUUUUUUCAUUCGUUUCAUUGAAAAUAUUUUUAAAAAUCUCACUUCUCUUGAUAUACAAUAUCAUUCGCCUUUCGCCUUCAGCUCUCUUACACGUUACUGAUCCUCUGUAAAGUAACAGUAUUACAUAGUAUCCAGUAAAACAGUGCAUAAUAAUAUACGAAAACAGGAAAGAAAGAAAAAAAAAAGGGUGAAAGCAAUGAAGAAAAUUUUGAGAGCGUAUAAUGCACGUGCGGCAUUUAUUAUCGAACAAAUUACGCAUUAAAUUCGCGUUGCAUAUAUCAAGACUGUGAUAAGAAAUGAAUACCGAUAACGUGGUUAAAAUUUUUUGCAAAAUGGGGCGACGUGACGAGUGACGAUGCUCCUAAUUAAAUUGCGAAAUUAAAUAACGCCGUAGAUCGGUCUAAUUAUUUUGGGGGGGAAAAACAAUAUGAGAUUCCAGUGAAUGGUCCAUUUUAUGUUCCCUAAUGCUAGAAGUCAUUAUGGAGCUGGAUCUCCUCGUGAACGAUGAUCUCACAAAAACGUAAUAUGUAUAUUAACGCUCUUUUUACAUUAUGUAUUAUAUUCGUUUCUAGUACAAACUAUAAAGAGAACGAGAAUCACGCUGGAAAUCCAGCGAUUUGGAUCCAUGCGAUUGAUCUUUGACCCAUCCUUAGUUCUUUCCGUCUUGUACACAAAAAGAAACCACUAGGAUUUUUUUUCUGUUUUACUAUUGUGAUCAGUCCACUCUUUUUUUAUACGUAUACUGCACCUGAUUUUAUAAGAUUUUUUCUUUUUUUUUUUUUGAUUGUCAUGGGAUUGAUUAGCUUUUCAAAAUUACACUAUAUUUUUCUAAUCAAUCACGAAGACGUAAUUUAAGGCAGCGCUCAAUGAUAAGUCUAAUUACAUGGAGUCGGUGCGCUUUUAAUCAGGGAAACAUUUAUAAUAUUUAGUAUGUAAUAUAGUACGGUAAGAUUAUAUAUAUAAGAUAUUGGUACGGUUAUAUUAGAUAAAUAUGCCAUAAGGAUAUUUUACCGUAAACCGUAUGUGGUUACUUCGCGGUUUCAUUCUUUAGAUCCCUGCUGAAUCUCCCUGUUCGGUCGGAGAGUCGCUUGCGUAAAUUUUAAUUCUGAAAAGACAACAGGAGCGUAUGCGUAAUUGUAAAUGUUUUAUCCUUUCGGUAAUUCGAUCAUUUUUUCUAUCGUUUGUUACGAGCGAUGUGGAGUGAUUGUUAAUUUUAUUUUGAUAUAGGCGAUAUUUUAAUCGAGCACGUAUGCUAACAUUAUGUAUGAAAUAUUUGCCGGCAAGACGGGGUGGAGCCAUUAUCGCAUCACACAGCUACGUAUUUCAUAAGUAUAAGUCGAUAUCAAUUUCAUCCCGAAUGCUUAUUCGAUUAGGUAGACAAUCACUUUUAUCGGAUUCGGAUGCAUUGCUUGUUAGUCAUUUAAGGCAUAAUAUUAAUUGUUAAUUAAUCCGCCGACGCUUAAUGUAUAAACGGUAUUGAUGUAAGUCGGUAUUGAUGCGGCUGCAAGGCUUCGCGCUUGCUGCGCGGUUUUGUAAAACGAUCACAAAAUUUUAUUUAUUACUAUAUCGCUUCAUAUGAUUUUGUUGUGUUAAAUAUUUAUUGCGUAAACCAUG